AGUUCGGGCGGUUGCCGCCACCGGGCUCGGGUUGUGUUUGCGCCCGCCGGUUGCACCUGGCGGCGGGGUGGGAGCGAUCGUGCUGGCCGACGCUCCGUCUGGGUCCGGGUCGGGACGUGCUCGGACUGCCGAUGCGCCGCUCCCCUCGCUCGGGGUCGGAUAUGUGACCGGGUUUGGGGGCUGGCUGGAAGAGGGGUAUCCUGCGGGAGAAUGUGCGUCUACUGAAGGUCCGGAGAAGCCUGUGGUGACAAAGAUGGCUCGUGAGGAGAAAGACAUCCAUAGGAGCGAUUCCAUCAUCCCAUGCUUCCUAACAAUCGAGCUACUGAUUAUGGUUGGGAUGGUCUUGCUCACGUACUACUUUGAGUACACGGACACAUUCACCGUGCACUGGCAGGGUUUCUUCUGCUAUGACAGUGCCUACAUGAAGCCAUACCCAGGGCCGGAGGAGAUGAGCGUUCUUCCACCAGUCCUGCUCCAGUCGUUAGCGUCAGCCAUUCCCAUGGCAACAAUAGUUCUGGGCGAGUUGGCCACGUUCACCUUUCGGUCAGAAUUUAUCCGCCGCGAGCGCACCAUCGUGACAGCGGAUUGCUGCACCCUGAACCCUCUGGUCCGCAGGGUCAUCAGGUUCUUGGGGGUUUACGCAUUUGGCCUGUUUGCCACCGAUAUAUUUGUGAACGCGGGGCAGGUGGUGAUGGGAAGCCCCACGCCACAUUUCCUCACCGUCUGUCAACCCAACUACACGGCUCUGGGCUGCAACCAGCCUUCCCAGUUCAUCAUCUCCCCAGAUGCCUGCACCGGAAGCCCGAGACUGGUGUCCAGUGCCAGGCGAGCUUUCCCUUGCAAGGAUGCAGCGCUGAGCAUGUACGCUGCCGUCUAUACAGUGUCCCACAGAGACCGCUGUGUGAGUGCGGCUUCUUCCUGUUCACAGAUGUACGUCACAAUCAUGUUCCAGGCGAAGGGGACGCGGCUGACCAAGCCCGCGGUGUGCCUCACUCUCCUGUGCCUGACCUUCCUCACCGGGGUGGUGCGGGUGUCUGAGUAUCGGAACCACUGGUCCGAUGUGCUGGUGGGAUUCGUGACCGGAGCUGCCGUUGCGGUGUUUCUGGUCUGCUGCGUCGUGCACAGGUUUAGAGGGUCAGACCCUGUCUGUAAGAAGGUGGGGAACGUCUCGAAACCAGUCCGUGUGAUGCUCGCCCUCCCCUGUGUGGAAAGUCCACUAGAAAAAAUUGUUCAGCUGAAUUCUCAGAAGGAACAUGAACGAUCCUGCUUCUUCCCCUCGACGCCGGAUGUGUUGAUUGCCACUCGGUCGGUGAUGAGUGAAGUCUGAAUUCCAGACGGAGCCCAGUGCGUGUACAGCUUUGCAUGAACUGCAGUCUCACUCAUGUAGAGUCUAGUGAUUGUCAGAUUUGUAGGAACAUUUCCCUGUGGUAUCACCUUUUGUUUCUGUUCUUCUCAAUCCUUUUGAGUGGAGCACCAAUCCUCUCUGUUGGCAAACACCAUCCUUAGGAACAGGUACGAGAUCCCCUGUAAGUGUUGCUGCUGUUACAGCUGCCCCCACUUCUGCUUGGAGCCAUGGUUUGUUAUCGAGGCUGUUUGUGACUGGUCUGGGGUGGGUGGGGGGAGUGUCUCUCUGCUGCUGGUUUACUAAGUGGAUUAGGGGUGACUUUUCCAUACUUUCCCAGGCCAGGGCCUUCCAACAGAUGGGCUCUGACCUUCAUUAUCGCUGGAAUUCCACAAUGUCAUUUCACUCAUCAUCUGACUAUAGGAAUAAGCAAAGAUACCCUCACAAGAUCAAGGGGGAGCUGGGGUAGACAUCAUCUGGAUAAUGGAUGGGGAAUGUGCGAGAUCAUCUGGACAUUGGUGGCUACUGGCUGGACAUUCGGUGAGGACUGGCUGGCUCUCUGGUACAGUCACAUACGUUGGACAUCGAGGGGGGAGAUUCUCUAGACAUCGGGUGGGGAUAUUGGCUGGGAAUCAGAUUGACAUUAAAGACAAGAUUAUCUGUUGACAUUGGGUGGGGAUGGUAUAUCUGGAUGAACUUAAUGAAGACUGUGUGGACUUUGGAUGUAAACUGUCUGGAGCUUAGAUAGGAUUAUUAUUUUGGGGUCAGUAGAACAAUAGAUGGGGAUGACUAGAAAUUAAAUAAACACUGGGGAGAGACUUUGUGCAUGGACUGUCUGAAUGAUAUCUAGAAAUUUGGAAAGGGUAGCUUCAAACUGUACAUCAGAUGUAGGUUGUCUGUUCACCUUCUUAACAUUUGGUGGACACCAACAAGGACAAGAGUGGGGAUAGUUUGAACAUGCAGUGGAAAUUGCCAGAUAUCAGUAUCAUAGCUUUCCAACGGAAUAUCACAGGCUUCCCUCUCUUGGCACGGGUGGUCCAAAUGGCUGGUCUAGAUAAGGACGCGCUGCUGAUAGGAGGUGAGAAUCCUGGACCUUCUGUGCACCAGCCCUGGAAGAAGAUCUCGGGUAAUAACUUGCAGGGAUUUUGCCUCUUCCUGCACUUUAGGGAUGCAGGGAUGUAGUGUAAUAUAAAUACACAGCUGCAUCAGAAGGAGCCACUUCAGAAUUAUCUGUCAUGCUGUCUUUGUAAUAGAGAAGUAUUUGCCAGAAGGAAAGGAACCUUGGAGCUACAAAAAGGCAGAGCUCUUGCAGCUGGAUGAAUCUUCAGAUGCAUCUUCAGAUGCUGGAAAUCUGGUGGAACUCAGCAGGUCGAGCAGCAUCUACGGAGGGAGAGAACAGUCAAUGUUUUGGGCCGAGGCCCUUCAUCAAGACUGGAAAGGAAGAGGGCAGAAGCCACAAUAAAAGGGGAAGGGUUGGGGGGAAAGGUGCACAAUCUGGCAGGUGAAAGGGUGGUGACUGGGGGAGGGAGAAAAUAAUGUGAGAAGCUAGGGUAUGACAUACAAUAGAGGCAAAGGACCGGAAAAGAAAAAAUCUGGUUGGAGAGGACAGGAGACCAUGGAAUAACACAAAGGAGGUGAGGAACCAGAGGGAGGAAAGUGAAGGUGAGGAAGCGGAAAGAACAAUGGUAAGGGGGCCACAGGAAUAAUGGGAAACAACAUGGGGGACAUUGGGAAGUGGUUAUCACUUCCUAUUUCCACACUAACAGGCCUGUCCAUGGCCUCCUUUACUGCCGUGUUGAUGCCAUGGAACAACACCUCGUAUCCCAACUUGUUGGCAUCAACAUCAAAUUCUCUAAUUUCUAUGGACUGUGCACCCCCACCCGGCCCACCGAGUUCCUCCAGCAUCUCGCCUGUGUUGUCACAGGUGGGCGAGUAGCCCAGGCAUGGCUUGUGGAUGAUAGCAUUGUGUUCUCACCACUCUGCUUAGCUGUUAGUGCCGUUGCCAGUAGCAGCAUCAAGCAGACGUGAGGAUGAAUGGAACAGAGCUCCCAGAAACAUUAAGACAAGGAUCAAUCCAAGGUGCUCCUCAGCAAUUAACUAAUCCUUUUGGGAGUUCAGUGACUGAUAAGCUGCCUGCCCUGUGCAGAAUGUGAAUUUUCAUUAAAUGUUGAAAUACUCUGAUGAUUGAAAAGAAGCACAAUGUGGUGUAUGUUUGGAUUAAACUAAUAUGA